CAUUCCUACUCUGACUCCGCUGGAUCUGACUCGGGAGCGCUCAGUGGAUCCACAAGAUGCGCACUCCAGGCAGGGAGGAGCUUCGGGAAUUUCACACCACUUGUUCCACGCCACUCUUGAGUGAAGACUCGUUUCCCAAAGUAGAUAUUGCGGCGAAAGGUGUUGGUGCAGCGUCAGUAUUGUGGACCUUCCAGUAAAAAUGAGCCCACUUGACACAUCCAACGUCACAGCAGAAGUGGAGCCUAGCGAAAGUGAUCUGUCGUUUUUGUUCAACGACAGCUCUGAUUCAUACCAGCCCGGUUUCAGCUCUGAUGUCACCAAGCACCUUGGAGUCCAAAUCACUCUAAUAAUGGCUUAUUCCUUAAUAAUCCUGCUGGGGCUGCUGGGCAAUUCCCUCGUCAUCUACAUGAUUAUUCGCUACAGAAACAUGCGGACAGUGACCAACUACUUCAUAGCCAACCUGGCUUUGGCAGACCUUCUGAUGGUCACUCUGUGCCUGCCCUUUACUCUGAUUUACACUCUGCUGGAUGAAUGGAAGUUUGGUGCCGUGUUGUGCCACAUGGUCCCAUUUGCCCAAGCUCUGAGUGUUCAUGUGUCCAUCCUGACCCUGACUGUCAUAGCUCUGGAGCGUUACCGCUGCAUUGUCUUCCACCUUGGUCGACGGCUCACCUGGCAUUCCAGCCUCUUCAUCAUGGCAUUCACCUGGACUAUUUCUUCUGUCCUGGCAGCUCCUCUUGCUAUCUUCAGAGAAUAUCGCUAUGAAGAGAUUCCUCCUAUCAAUCUGCGCAUGCCUGUCUGCUCUGAGAAGUGGCCCCAUGGCAUCAACAGGGAUGGAGUCAUCUACAGUCUCUCAAUGAUCCUACUAUUGUACAUUCUUCCUUUAGCAAUCAUUAGUUAUGCAUACAUAUGCAUUUGGGUCAAACUGAAAAACCAUGUCAGUCCGUCCAGCCGUAACGACAGCAUCAACCGACGCAAGAAAACCACAAAGAUGCUAGCACUGGUAGUAGUGGUGUUUGCAACCAGUUGGCUGCCUUUACAUGUGCUCCAGCUGGCCACUGAUCUGGACUUGGUGCUCCGAUUUGAGGAGUAUAAGCUCAUCUUCACAGUGUUUCACAUCGUGGCUAUGUGCCCUACCUUCACCAACCCUCUCCUCUAUGGAUGGAUGAAUAAAAACUACAGGAAUGGCUUCAUAAUGGUGUUCCGUUGCGAGGACAAGGCAGAUACUUUCCACCCAGAUGGGUCAUUCAGGACACGCUCUGUAAGAGGGCCCACUCUGAACGGUCGUAACAGCAGACACCCUACUACUGCUGUAUGAGAUUUGUCUUGUUUAAAAGCAGAGUUUUAGCACAUUAGCUAGACCUCUGAUUUAAGGGGUGUGUGGUUCUCAACAAGUCUUUUGAC